AUGCUGUCGGUGCCGGUACCGGUGGCGGGCGCGGGGGCGGCGCGGGGCGCGGGUUCCCUGCCCCGCCGGCGCACCAUGUGCAGCGGCGUCGGCUGCUUCUGGGCGCUGCUCUCCGCCGGCCUCCUGGCCGCCUGCGCCGCCGCUUUCGUCUCCCCGGCCUGGCUGCUACCGCCCGGCCGAGCCGCCGCCGGUUUCGGCUUGCUCUGGCGCUGCGCCGGGCCACCCCGAAGCUGCCACGGCUCCGCCGGCCCCGGCGGCUUCGGAGACAUCCCCUCCGGUUCCUGGCAGACAAGCGCUGUGCUGUGUGCGGGUGGCUGUGCCCUGCUGGCCCUCAGCUCGCUGCUGGCCAUCGUCGCCGUCCUGCUGCCUGGUGGAGCAUGUGAGAGAAGAGUCUGCACCCUGGCUGGCUACAUGCAGACAGCAGCAGUGUUCAUAAUGGCUUCUGGGCUUUUGGUUUACCCUUUUGGUUUCAACUCUGCUACUGUGAAGAGAUUCUGUGAGAAUUCAGACAUCUACUAUGCAGGAGACUGCCAGAUUGGCUGGGGGUAUAUGCUGGCAAUUGUUGGGGUCAUGUUGUCUGUCUUUUUACCAUUCUUUGCAAAAUAUGCACCAAAAGAGCACAUAUCUCCAACUCCAAUACCUACUAUUUUAUAG